GCAGUGAUACCCGGGGCAGUUUGGGCGGCGCACCGGGCGAAGAUGGCGGCGGAGCGGCAGGACGCUCUGAGGGAGUUCGUGGCGGUGACGGGCGCCGAGGAGGAUCGGGCCCGCUUCUUCCUGGAGUCGGCCGGCUGGGACCUGCAGAUCGCCCUAGCAAGCUUUUAUGAGGAUGGAGGGGACGAAGACAUUGUGACCAUUUCGCAGGCAACCCCCAGUUCAGUAUCCAGAGGCACAGCCCCCAGCGAUAAUAGGGUGACAUCCUUCAGAGACCUCAUUCAUGACCAAGAUGAAGAUGAGGAGGAAGAGGAGGGUCAGAGGUUUUAUGCUGGGGGCUCAGAGAGAAGUGGACAGCAGAUUGUUGGCCCUCCCAGGAAGAGAAGUCCCAACGAGCUGGUGGACGAUCUCUUUAAAGGUGCCAAGGAGCAUGGAGCUGUAGCUGUGGAACGAGUGACCAAGAGCCCUGGAGAGACCAGUAAACCAAGACCAUUUGCAGGCGGUGGCUACCGCCUUGGAGCGGCACCAGAGGAAGAGUCUGCCUACGUGGCAGGAGAAAGGAGGCGGCAUUCCGGCCAAGAUGUUCAUGUAGUGUUGAAGCUCUGGAAGACUGGAUUCAGCUUGGACAAUGGUGAACUCAGAAGCUACCAAGACCCAUCCAAUGCCCAGUUUCUGGAGUCUAUUCGCAGAGGAGAGGUGCCAGCAGAGCUGCGGAGGUUAGCUCACGGUGGGCAGGUGAACUUGGACAUGGAGGACCAUCGGGAUGAGGACUUCGUGAAGCCCAAGGGAGCCUUCAAAGCCUUCACUGGCGAGGGUCAGAAACUGGGCAGCACUGCCCCCCAGGUAUUGAAUACCAGCUCUCCAGCACAGCAGGCAGAAAAUGAAGCCAAAGCCAGCUCUUCCAUCUCAAUCGAUGAGUCACAGCCUACCACAAACAUCCAAAUACGGCUUGCUGAUGGUGGGAGGCUGGUGCAGAAGUUUAACCACAGCCACAGGAUCAGCGACAUCCGACUCUUCAUCGUAGACGCCCGGCCGGCCAUGGCUGCCACCAGCUUUGUCCUUAUGACUACCUUCCCGAACAAAGAGCUGGCUGACGAGAACCAGACGCUGAAGGAAGCCAACCUGCUCAAUGCCGUCAUCGUGCAGCGGUUAACAUAACUGCCAGGCCCGGCCAGCAGCCUCAUCUCCCCCCGUGUCUCCCAUGGCCAGCUGCCCUGUGGGGACCACCCUUCCACCCACUCCUGCACACCCUGCAUCCAGUGCCACGUCUCCUCCGUAGCUCUGGGUUCUUAGAUCUCAGUUGGACAUUUGUUUUCUCCUUAGUUGCAUUUCCUGGGUUUUUGUGAUGAUCAAUGGACUUUAAAGAAAAAAAUAAAAACAACCAAAAAA